UAUUGUCUGUGAAAUCCUUGAGUGGGGGAUUUCUUUCAUAACAAGUAUGGUCUUUUAGGUUGUAUUUAUUGAAUAAUAUUUGAUGUAACUUCUUCACAGGAGUGAAAUACAGAAAAUGCUGGAAGAAUUUAGAGUUGACAUGAAACAGGCUCUUCUUGCAAAGAGAAAAAAGUUUGAGAUGAACACAAGAGCUACUAUCAAAAUCACUAAUGAAAAACUUGAUAGUGUUUGGAAAACACACCAAGAACAAAGGCAGAAUCUUUAUCUCGAAUAUGCUCAGCAGUUUCAGACUUUGUUUCGGGAGUGGGAUUUAGACAUGAAGAAAGCCCAGGAACAAGAAGAAAAAGGCCUUGAUCAUGAAUUUAAAGUGAGGCCACUCCACAUGGCUGAUGCAGAGCAGCUGGAGAGGCGGAUUUCCCAGGAUUGGGGUUUAGUCAUGAAGACUGACAAAGAAGGGGCCAAGCGUAUGUUUCGAGAGCAACGAAAUGUUCUUCAACAAGCUAGACUUCUUCAGAACCAGAGGCUGAAAAAAAUUAAAAAUUCAUACGAGCAAUUCCUGAAG